CUCAUGCAUCUUCUCAUUUUAACUCAUAAAUAAUUUCCCCUUUUCUCCAUCCUUCUCAAUAUUAGCCAAACUAGUGAAAAUGCGUAUGAGUUGCAAUGGUUGCAGAGUUCUUCGAAAAGGCUGCAGCGAAAGUUGUAGUAUCAGACCUUGUCUUCAAUGGAUUAAAACCCCUGAGUCUCAGUCCAACGCCACUGUUUUCCUUGCAAAGUUUUACGGCCGUGCUGGCCUUAUGAAUCUUAUCAACGCUGGUCCUGAUCACCUCCGUCCCGGAAUAUUUAGGUCACUGUUAUAUGAGGCCUGUGGCAGGAUAGUGAACCCGAUAUAUGGAUCUGUAGGAUUGUUAUGGUCAGGGAAUUGGCAGCUUUGUCAAAAUGCAGUGGAGGCAGUACUAAAAGGAGCACCAAUUACUCCCAUAGCAUCUGAAGUUGCAGUAAACAACAACGGUCCUCCUUUAAAAUUGCCUUACGACAUUAGACACAUCAACAAAGAUGAUAACUCUACCAAGUCUAGCGAUCUUCACCGGGUCAGGACCCGAUGUCGAUUCAAGCGCUCAGCUGCCAAGACAAAGGAAACAAAAAAAGCGAUGACGAAAGCUAACCUGGUUUGUUCCGGGUCGGGUACUGAUGAAUCCGCCCAUAUUCAUGAGAAAGUUAAUGGAUCAAUGAGUCAUGAGUCUUCGUUGAGUCAUCAGAAUACUGUGGAAUGUGAUAGCAGGGAGAUUGAGAGUUUGCACCCAGUAGAAAUGGCUGAAGCUGAAGAUUCAGGCGAAAUUGAAUUGGAGCUUACUUUAGGCUUUGCUCCGUUUGCAACUGAUCAUGCUAUUACCAAGGAAACCAAACGGAGCGAAGCUUUUCAUCACUUGAUAGACGCCGUUGGUGAAUGUAAAAUGGAAUUAGGGCUUCAUUGUCAGGCGUGAUCAAUUUGUUGAUCAGUAGGUUAUUUUUUUUUUUACUUUGUUUCUUAUUUUUCCCUUUGGAUCACCUUUUUGCCAUCUAUGAGAGAGUAUAUGUACAAUUACGACUA